UAGCAGUCUUCUAUGUGAAUGAGGAGUGGAUACAGAACACAACACUACAACAUAGCUCUGUGUCAGGACUGGACUCAGAGAACACCACUACACCACAGCUCCAUCUACAGAAUAUGACAGCCAGCGACCUCCAGCUGAACUCUGAUUCCCAGAGGUCGAAGGUUCCCGCAAGAUGCAGGAGCCCCUUCAACAGCAUCAAGUUCUUUGUGCUGUGCCAUGGCAUGCUCCAGCUGGCCCAGCUGUUGGUGUCUGGAUAUCUGAAGAGCUCCAUCUCCACCAUAGAGAGACGCUAUGGCUUCUCCAGCCAGAAGUCUGGCAUCUUGGCAUCGUUCAAUGAGGUGGGGAACACAGUCCUGAUAGUGUUUGUUAGUUUCUUUGGUAGCCGUAUCCACAGACCACGGUUCAUUGGUGGAGGGGCACUGGUGGCCAGUCUGGCUGCUCUGAUGAUGUCUCUGCCUCAUUUCAUCAGUGGCCCAUACAAGUACACAGACCAUAUCAGCAAAUCCAAGGAUGACAACUCUGGCCUCUGCCAAUUAGAGAGCUCUUUCCAAACACCCUUGUCCAAUCACAGCUGCACGCAGCAGGAGAGUCACUCCCAGCAGGGAGUAUUCCCGCUCCUGCUCCUAGGACAGCUACUCCUGGGAAUCGGCGGCGUUCCCAUCCAACCCUUCGGAAUCUCCUACAUUGAUGACUACGCCAGCAAGAGGAACUCUCCCCUCUACCUCGGUAUCCUCCUGGCUGUCACGUCUAUCGGUCCUGCUUUUGGCUUUUUGAUGGGCUCCUACAUGUUGCGCUUUUAUGUCGACAUCGACAAGAUGUCCAAAGAUCAGAUAGGUCUGGAGCGAAGGGACCCUCGCUGGGUGGGAGCCUGGUGGCUAGGCUUCUUGGUGGCAGCCUCCUUCCUCUUCCUCACCUCCCUGCCCUACCUCUUCUUCCCCCGGCAGAUGCCCAAAGAGGAAACUGGAGGCGAUGCCACAGAGCCCAGAGCCCAGGAAGAAAAGAAACCACUGCCAGACCCCGUCCAGGAACUCACCCUCCCACAGUUCCUCAAAAGUUUACCCCGUAUCGCCCUGCGGACCCUGUGGAACCCCAUCUACCUGUUGGUGGUGCUGGCGCAGGUCCACCUGGCAGCGAUGGUAGCCGGCCUCGCCACCUUCAUGGCCAAAUUCAUAGAGCGCCAGUUCACCCAGACCACCUCCUUCUCCAACAUGAUGAUCGGUGGGGUGAGUAUCCCUCUAGCGGUGCUGGGCAUCGUGCUGGGUGGGGCUCUGAUGAGGAGGCUGAGUGUGUCUACCAGAGGCUCCGCCCUCAUGUGCACGGCAGCCAUCUUGAUGUGUAUGCUCACCGCUCUGCCUCUCCUCCUCCUUGGCUGCUCCACACAGAGGGUCACUGGCAUCUACCCCACCAAACAGAACGGUUCAUUGGGGUGUAGCUCUGGGUGCUCCUGUCCGACCGAGACCUUUAACCCAGUGUGUGGCUCAGACGGGGUGGAGUUCAUAUCACCCUGUCAUGCAGGCUGCACGACCAAAUUACAGGACAACAACACCAUCAAAGUCCUGAACUACACAGACUGUGGCUGCAUCAAGUUCAACGGGUCCCAUGGUUAUGCGUUGCCGGGGACAUGCGGUAGCGGCUGUAAACACCUCCUCUUGCCCUUCAUGGUUCUCUCUGCCCUCACCUGCUUCAUCGCAUCCUUCUCACAGACGCCAUCAUACAUGAUGAUACUGAGGACAGUGAGACCAGAGGAUAAGUCUUUUGCUGUGGGAGUUCAGUACAUGCUCUUCAGAGUGCUGGCAUUCCUGCCAGCCCCAGUCCUGUACGGCGUUGCCAUAGACACCACCUGUAUCCUCUGGGGGAAGAAGUGUGGGAGGAACACAUCGUGUCACUACUACAACAUGGACCUCUUCAGACAGAGGUUCCUGGGACUGCAGGUGUUGUUUGUCUGCGGAGCGUUUGUCUGCUUCCUGCUCUCUCUCCUCGUCCUGAGACAUAGGGCAGGACAACAAGGCCAGCAGGCGGGACAGAGAUACACUGUGGUGAACGGAGUAAAGAGUCCAGACAACAACACCGCCUCCAAAGAACUGCAGAGCAUGGCAGCAUGAGAGAGGCCUGAGAGAGAAAGAUAAUUGAACUGAAUUGCGAGCCGGUAGCCAGAGAAGAAGAAUGUAUCGAUCUAAUUCUCUAAAGAGUCAUGAUGAAGACUACAGAGAUGAGAAGCGCUCCGUGGGCAUCUUUCUCAGGGAGAGUCCAUCUCUUACUUUGUGUCCUCCAUUUUGUCCAUGGGAGGAACUGUUUCUCUCUCUCUCCUCCUGUUGGCCAAUGAGGAGUGUUUAAAUAUCUCUACACUAUUACUGCUCCCAAACUGCCAGUGCUGUAUCUGAGCCGUGGUAACAUAGCGUGUCAUUUUCUGAGACCAGUCUGAGUGGUCCCCUUUCCACUGAUACAGGGACAGAUCUUUUUCCAUCUCUCUUAUGGUUAAGGUUAGGACAUGGCGCAGGGUAAGAUGCUAUAAGCUGAUCCUAGAUCUCAAUAUGUUUUUUUUAGUAUCAUUUUAUUGUCACAUACACCGAAUAGGUGCAGUGAAA